CGUGCGGCCGACGGCGGCGUGAGGAGAUCUCAUGGAUGAUCGAGGACCUGGACGCCAUCGAGCCAGCGCCACUUGAAUCGCAGAGAACGCCGACGAGACUCUGCAGCUGCGAGGAAGUCGACGUGGCCGGUACCAGAGAGCGCGGUGACCUCCGGAAGAUUCGCAGUACCGAAGUGAGAUGGGCUACGAGCAGCUUCCUGUCGCCCGACGACGCGAUCUGGGAUUUGAGGAGGCGUACCAGCGAAGGUACAGAGUUCCGUUGGGAGCUCCAUACCUCGAGUACCGACCUAGAUCUCGCGAGGAAGACGAGAUGCAGCUGCCACAGCCUGACCCCGGAGGAGAAGAAGCCGGAGGGUACGCAACGCGGCGACCUCAGGAAGCACCACAGCGCGGAGACGGACAAGUGGUCGGUCAGACCGGACCAUGUGCUGACACCGAUGCACGACCUAAGGAAGCAUAGCAGCGACGACACGAGAUUCGCGAGAGAAGCCAGGUGGCUACAAGUGCCGGACGUGAUGCCGAAUCCGAAACCCAGAUGCACUUGUCCCAAGGUGAAGACACCGGCACCGGCGUCACCUGUGCCGGCGCCAGCGCUGGAACCGAAAGUGAUCGAAGAACCGGAGAAACCGGCGCCACAGAAAGAAGAAAGAAGACUGUACUACUCCAAGUCGCUAACACCCGAGGAAUCAGCCGCGCCGUGGGAAAAGCCAGAGAUGAAGAGACAAGCCAGCGAGCAACCGAAACCCAUCAGAAUCGAAAAGUCCAGGGAAAGACCCAAGCUGGAGCGUUCCGCUCAAGUGAGAAGCGAGAGCUCAAGGAAAUGGGGUCUCAAAGAGAAAGAGAAGGUCAUCAGUCCUAUUGGGGAGAGCAAGAAGCCGAUACGAGCAAGAUGGGCGAUGAAGCCGCACGUUUCUCUGCCUGCCGAGAAGAAGGCGCCGAAAUGGUACCGCAGCCAAGAUGAGACGAAGAGCAAGAGUUUGCGCGAGCGGCCCAAGUAUAGUAUACGGAGGAGCAUGUCGCCGGAGCCGGACCCGCGGCAGGUAAACAAGUUGGAGAAUAGAAUCGUGCGACGGCUAAUCUCGCCGGAGAUCACCAUCACGAGCACCAAAUGGGCGCCAUACGAGGACUCGUCGCCGUUACCGACAAUUGGGAUCAAGAAACGUGAGCAAAAACACAUCAGCGAAAUCAAGUGGACGCCGUACGACGAGUCGCCAAGCGACAUCCCGGUCGAGGUGAUUGACGACAAAAAAUGGUCGCCUUUCCAUAACGUCACGCCUACGCACUGCCCGCCACCGGUCGCGACACCCUCGCGUAAGAGUGACGACGAGCAAUUCCGAUGGAGAAUGCUCAAUAUGGUGGCGCCGUUCCCGCUCUAUCAAGGUGGCUGGAAAGACGAGUCGCCGGAGAAGACGCCACCGAAGAAGGUCACCACGCCGGAGGACCUGUCGCCACCGGUAUGGUCGCCGAUGGUGCCUGCUACGCCUACCAGCAAGCGAAAGAGCAUCGCGCCGCAGCCGGAAUCACCGUCGAGGUACUCGCCGUCGGAGCGCAGGCCGAGCAAGCAAGCGCCUCGACUUACUCGGAAAGGUGCGUUUAGGGCGAAAACAAUGGUGCCCACCACUAAUCCCCUGGAGGACAGACUGCCACAGGCGACGGCGCCGGCGCCGGCGCCGCCGCCGGUGAUCGUACGCGCCGCCAGCGAGGAACCAAGGCGGCAGAGGCCCCAGCUAAUGAGAUCCAAGGCUUUGUUGGAGGUACCGGUACCGAUCGACGCUACUAAGAGGUCGUUGAGCGAAGAGGGACCCCGUAUGCGUCCUCGUGAGCGCCCAAGAGCGCCCGGUAGAGCUCGCAGCGAGGAGGUACCCAAGUACGACGACCCCUGGUUCGAGGACGAGUCGCCGGAACUGCGCGAAUACGUCACCACCGUGUGAUUGUAGCUUCCGGAGACCGUCGUUAAUGAUACCGCACCAGGUAUUUGGACGUUCGGUUUCCAUUCUACAUAACCGACGCGCUCUGGUCUUAUUAUGGCGAUUCGCGGCGUCGCGCGAGACGCGUGAACUCGCGUUGUUGUGCAGCUUUUCACGACAGGAGAGAUUAUUUUCUAAUAUCCAUUAUCUGCGAUUUUAUAAAGUUACCGAAUGCGAGGACGAGGUUGAAGUAAGAGAAACAACGUUGAGUCGCGAAGAGGCUAGCCGAAGAGACAGGCGUUCCGCGCGACCGGAGCGCGAUCGGUUUUCCAUGCAAGGGCCUCAAGAGUACACCUUCGAAACCACCUAAGAGACGAGACAGUCGACGGCUGAAUACAAGAGCAAAAAUUUGCGGCGAGGUCGAGCAAACGGGAAAGCAGAUUCUAACACUCGAUCGUCCGGAGAGGCGCUGAAAACUUCGUUGGCCUACACGAAGACUACGAUGGAAAAUACCAAAAACAACAAAAAAAA